AUGAGCAGCAGCCCGAUAACACAACCGCCCGAGGGGGGUAAUGUAAGCGAUGCCGCGUUUGAGAGCUCACAUAGAAGUGUGCCCGGGAAUGUGGAAAGUGGUGAAUCGAAUGCAGAGCACCACGAACAUGGGGAACCGGACGACGCCGGAUAUAUGUAUCACCCGGCGCAAGAACAUGCAGACUCAGCCGAGGGCGAACACGAUGAUUAUGACGACGAGGAUGAGCACGAUGACGAAGACGAUGAAGAUGACGAAGACUAUUUCGAUGGGAGUGGUGGUCUUGAGUUUGAGUUGGUUAUUGACGAACUAGCACCGGGCGCCCAUGAUGAUGGAGAGGACGACGAUGACGAUCUCAAUGGCGCUGGAAAUGCACUCGAGAGGAGGAUUCUACAGAUAAUACGUGGAGGCGGCGGUCGUGCUCACCUAGGUUCGCAACAACUGUUGGCGCUUAUCCAAGGUCAUCAUAUGGGUGACAUUGACGACGAUGACAGCUACUGGGAACCGCCCAGACGGAUGAGGCCGGGCUAUGUUCCCGCCUUUCCCAAAGUACCCAGUGAGCAAGGUCAGAAGCUCAUGGAAUCCGGUGUUUUCGGCGCCUUUGAUCUCAGGGAGCCAGAUAGCAAGAAGAAAAGACUUACUCGGCGGUUACUGGAUCGGGAGUUGGGCCUGGGGGAUAGGACAGAGCAAAAAACCAACCUGGCUCUUAUGGCUCAACAAAUGAUUCCCUCAUCAAAGCCCGAGAUGGUCAUCCAUUACGAUGAUCCCGUGUGCUGCGGCCAGUUCUCCGAUGAUGGCAACUUCUUUUACGCCUGUGUCAAGGACUUCAAAGUACGCAUGUACGACACUUCCAACCCGUACAACUGGAAGCACUACAAGACAGUUCGAUACCCCUUUGGUCAAUGGACUCUUACAGAUGCGGACCUAAGUCCUGACAACAAGUGGCUUGCAUAUACAUCUCUAACAAGCCAAGUUUGCUUCGCCCCCACGGAUCCCAAUGACUCAGGUGACCCCUAUACGCUUGAUCUUGCCGGUGGAAUGGUACGUCAAGGCUGGAGGGAUGCCUUUCCCAUCUUCUCCAUCCGCUUUUCGGGCGAUGGACGAACCCUUGUGGCGGGCACAGGUGCCGAUUCAAUAGUUGUCUACGACAUAGAGCGCCGAGAGCCUCUUUACAACGUGGAGGGCCACGAUAACGAUGUAAACGCCGUUUGCUUCGCCGACAAGCAAUCCCCACACAUUCUCUACUCCGGAUCGGAUGACUGCACCAUCAAAGUAUGGGACACCCGAAGCAUGUCCUCCCGUCGUGAGGCGGGCGCAUUCGUCGGCCACAUGGAAGGCCUCACAUACAUCGACAGCAAAGGUGACGGGCGCUACAUCCUCAGCAAUGGCAAGGAUCAAUCCAUGAAGCUAUGGGAUCUCCGCAUGGCCAUGUCCACAGCCCGCGUAGAAGAGCUUGACGCCACCAGACCUACCGCCAGACGCCGGUAUCAGUUCGAUUACCGUUUUGCAGAGUAUCACGACUACAUGUGGCAGCCGCACCCGCACGAUAACUCGCUGGUCACGUUCAGGGGACACAAAGUGCAGAGAACACUGAUCCGGUGUCACUUCUCGCCUCCUGGUAGCACCAACUCGCGCUAUGUCUACUCAGGGUCCUACGAUGGGUUUGUGUAUGUCUGGAACCUAGACGCAACCAUUGCGGCGAAGAUUGAUGUUAAGAGCGUCACCGAGGGUCUCAGGAUUCCUGGAUACUCGCCAGCGACGACGAGGAGAGAGUGGAUGACGCUUGUCAGGGAUGUGGGUUGGCAUCCUAAUGCGCCGCUGCUUGUUGCGUCGUCGUGGAACGGACCUACUAUGAAUGCUGGAACGGCGACCUUGCAUUCUUACAACGAGAACGAUUCUGACGAGGCCGAGCCGGGAAUGGGCUUGUCGGUUAACGAAAAGAUACAACCGGACGAGGGCUUGUUCAACUGGCGUGGGUUGCGAGGGUUUGUGGAUGAUGAUGAUGACGAUGAUGAUGACUUCUUCUGA